AUGUCAGACAAGGAGCUAAAUAUCAAGAGGAGAAAAGUAAUUAAGGAGGAUGGGAAGAUGAAUGACGAACCGGGUGGCGCAACUUCGCUAAACAUUUCGGAGGGCGAAUACGUUUUGUUGGCGGACGACGAAGAGGACAGCCACAGCAACGCCGCGGAUAGUGAUGAUGCCGCUACACAUAGCGAUGAUAGGGGCCAGAAGGGGGGUAGACAUGUGAAGAAACACUACCUAAUUGAGCACAUGGAGGAUAAGAGCAAACUGCUAAGCGAGGUAGCCACGCUGGAAGAGAACAAGCUAUACGUGAAAAACAUUACCGAUGAGAUUACCAAAAAGGAUCUAAUUGAUUUCUUUUGCAACGCAAGUGGGUUUGUAGACACGAGGAUGGUGAGUGACUCCUCAGGGAAAUCCAGACAUUUUGCUUACGUGGAAUUUGACAGUAAAGAAAAUGCAGCCAAUUUUUUUGGCACCCUAAAGGAUAGCAACGUGGAGAAGUACAAGACAUUCCAAAUAAAAGACGUCCAUCUCUAUGUGGCCGUCUGCAACUCGACCAAAGUUAUAUACGAGGAGAGGAAGAUUUUUAUUAAGUUUGCUGAGUGUGAGGCGGAUAUGGCGGACAUGGAUGACGUGGUCAUUAAGAAGGCCCUUUCUGAUUUCCUCGCGGGUCACGCAGUGGACGUGGAAGAGAUCCGCCUCCUCGGAGGGAGCCCCCCCACGCACGGUUACCUCCAAGUGCGCAACAACGAAGACGUAGUAAAAUGCGUGGAGGUCAUCAAAGAAGGGACCGUCGAAAACGUGCACUUCACCCUAAACUACAGCAUCCCAAUAAUUAAGAAGAAAAUCAUCCCGGACCUGGAAAAAAUUAAAGCAAACAAGGAAAAGAACAAGGAGAAAAAUAAAAAGCUCCAGGAGGAAAAAAAAAAAGAGGAAAACAACUCCACCAUCGUUGUAAAGAAUUUGCAUUUCAACACCAGGAAGUAUAAACUGAAAAAAUUAUUCGAGCAGAUCGGCGAAAUUGAAAGGAUCCAUCUGAGUAAGAAGGUGUCCGAAAAGAAUAUUAAACGGAAUAGAGGCUACGCUUUUAUUACAUUUAAAAAUACCAAUGACGCCACGUCUGCAUUGAUUCUUAACGAUUCUGUUAUCGACGGCCGAAGCAUUCUGGUGUCUAAGUUUCUCGAUGACGAUAGUAGGGGCAAGCAUAGAGAGGGAAGCAACCACCUGAGUGGGAAGCUCCAUGGGGAGCAGGACACGGAGGAACACCCCUCACGAGGGGGAAGGAAUAACACCAAUAGGAGAGGCAACUACCACCAUGUAAAGCAAAACGUGAGGAGUAAUCAUCAUCAGGAAAGAAAAAGAAUCAAUCUGAACAAGCCAGCCGAUCCAAACAUAGCAGUGGAAAAAAGAACCGAUCAGACAGAGGGAGGAGGACCCACUCCACUAACCAACGAUGAUUUUCGAAAAUUUUUUUUUAAAUAA